UCACUCUACAACCACUUAACACUUUUCUGAUAUUCUUUUUUCACUUUGAAGUUUCAUUUCCAAACAAUAGCAAGCAACACUUUCACUUUUUGUAACAGUUCACAAGACACUAGAAACUUUUUGUUCAUAGCAUCACUUGAAACAUGCAUUAUUUUUCCUUUAUAUUGCUUUGUGGAUAGUAUUUGUUAAAGUUUCUUGCUAAAUUCUUUAUUAGGCUAUUGGGUUUGUGACUUUUUGAAUUCUGGUUAUUGGGUUGGUAUGGAUCUGUUGGAUCUUCUACUUCUCAGUGGUACAAAGUUGAAAUGAGUGUUAAAGUUUGGUUUUUUAUGAAGUGAUUUAGCUUUUGAAUUGAUUUGAAAUGGUGGGUUGGUUUUAGAUUCAAAGGGUUAGUGUGGAAUAUGAAGAAGAAAGUAGUUCAGCAGAAAUGGAAGAAGAAGGUUUUUGCUUUGAUUUUGGUGGUGGUGCUUUGUUUUGGGAGUUUGUUGUUUAUGCAGAUGCGGUAUACUCAUGUUUUGGGGCUUGUUUCAUUGCAACAUCAACUUGUUUCUCAAGUUCAGAAGCCUAAGAUUGCUUUUCUUUUCAUUGCAAGGAAUAGGCUUCCUUUGGAAUUGGUUUGGGAUGCAUUCUUUAGGGGAGGCGAUAACAAUUUCUCGAUUUUCGUUCAUCCUAGACCAGGGUUUGUGUUGAAUGAGGCAACAACUAGAUCAUCAUAUUUUUUGAAUCGUCAAGUUAAUGAUAGCAUACAGAUAGAUUGGGGUGAAGCAAGCAUGAUAGAGGCCGAGCGCAUUUUACUUAGACAUGCUCUUGAUGAUCCUCUAAAUGACCGCUUUGUUUUCCUCUCAGAUAGCUGUAUACCUUUAUACAACUUCAGCUACACAUAUGACUACAUCAUGUCAACACCAACUAGUUUUGUCGAUAGCUUCGCUGACACAAAAGGAGGUCGUUACAAUCCAAAAAUGGAUCCAGUUAUUCCAGUCUAUAACUGGAGAAAAGGAUCUCAGUGGGCUGUUCUGACCAGGAAGCAUGCCAAGGUUGUAGUGGAGGACGAUACUGUCUUUCCAAUGUUUCAAAAAUUUUGCAAGAAAAAGCCGCUACCCGAAUUUUGGAGGGAUCAAGUCAUUCCUGCUGACACGUCUAAGAUCCACAACUGUAUACCAGAUGAACACUAUGUUCAAACAUUGUUGGCUCAAAAAGACCUCGAAAAAGAACUUACACGAAGAUCAGUGACACAUACUGCAUGGGAUAUUUCCAACUCCAGAGAUCGUGAGCGCCGUGGAUGGCAUCCAGUGACUUAUAAGUUCUCAGAUGCUACUCCGAUGCUUAUUAAAUUUAUAAAGGAAAUAGAUAAUAUUUAUUACGAGACUGAAUACCGAAGAGAAUGGUGUACAAGCAAGGGUAAACCGUCCACUUGCUUCCUUUUUGCAAGAAAGUUUACUAGGACUGCUGCUUUGAGGCUUCUUAACAUGUCUGUUUUGGGAGAUUUCAGUUAAAAGAAGAAAAUGCUUAUUGCCAGUGACUGAUACAAGCAGAGUAGAACAUGUACUUAGUAAAGAAAUAAGAUGGAGAAAAGAGAAUAAAGCAAAAGCAGUUGAAGAUUAUUGACUGCUACACUGAUAUGUAUAUUGAAUUGAAUUGUAUUGUAUUGUACAUUUAGACAGUUAAAAUGAGUGCUUGUGUAUUGUGAUGUAUAUGUUCUAAUUUUUUAUUUUAUUUUUCAGAAUAAUUUUGACAACAA